AUGCUGCAGGGGGCGGGGCCUCUGGCGAAGCCUCCUUUUUCGGCCCCGGUAGACGCUUGUAGCCUUGAGCAGCAGCAGCAGCACGACCAACAACUGGGUCGCUCAGCCCAGGGUCACCCGCCGCUGCAGGAAAAAUACAGUAAGAGCCCAGCAGAGGUGACAAUUAGAGAAGCGAGGGGCCCCUGCGAUAUCAGAUUUCGUCAAGACGACAACAACAACGGACAAAGCACCGGCAGCAGCAGCGGCAUCUGGAGCGCGACUGUGAAAUCAGGAAGUCAGGAGUAUGGAGAGGGAGGGACAAUUUCGACAGACAAGAGUAAGAGUAGAGAGCAGCAACACGGCACACAGGUGCAGCCGCUAGACAAAACUCAGCUGCUGCAGCCAGAAUUGCAACAGGGUCUACAGCAGGUGUUGCCAGACGAGCAGCACAAGGCGCUGAAGAGGGGGCUGCAGCGAAGGGUAGAGCAGCAGCAGGAGGAAAUCUUUUCUAAUUUCGUUCCUUGGCCGGGGCGGCCGAACAGCUACAGGCGGCCAGCAGAAACAGCAGCAGCAGCAGUGAACAGCACAACAACACCAUCGUCUCCAGCACCAGCAGGAACUUUGAAGCGGGAGUUCGAGUUGCUACAGCAGGGCAUAGUAGCUGCAGCAGCAGCGUCCAGCAGCAGUAGCAACGGCGGGCGCAGCAGAAACACGUCGUCUGUGGGCCGUGCAGUGCGCCGCCAGGCCUCGAAACUGAAGCGUCUCACUGCUAACUUUUUGUCUCGUUCGCUUUCAAGCGCCGCGGGUUCGGCGAUGGCUGGGGGUCCUCUGCCUGGGGGCCCCCCUCCCCUGGACAGCCGCGUCUUUGUGGGCGAAGAUGCCUUGCUGGCAGAGCUGCCUCUGGAGGUGGAGGAGAGUUUGCUUGAGCCCGCCUUGUCCUGGUCCUGCACAGAGCACUCGAUAGCCAGGAGACGCAGCGGGGAGCUCGGCUUGCUGACUCUGCUCAAUCAUUCCACUCCCCUUAAACUAGUUUUACCCUUGGAGACAGACGGAAGCAGCACUGUCCCUCCGUCGGACGGCGCUGUUUCUGCAACAAUGCCGCCAGCAACUGCUGCAGCCGCAGCUGCUGCUACAGUCGCUUCACCGGGCCCGUGCCCCUACGUACUACCGUUUGAAGAUAUCAUGCAGCUGUUGGGUCCCCUGAUGCCCAGACCAGCUAGCAUCGACGCGUCUGCAGCAAGGGGAAACUUAGAGAGUGCCGACGCUAGAGGAAAUCCCGAUGGCGCAAAAGGAGCAUCUGCUGCUGAUGACAGCAUGGGUGCAGCAGCUGCUGCUGAUAUCGGCGGUGCAACACCUUUCACUCCUCAGGCGACAACAGCAGCUUCAGCUGACCAGGGAGAUGGGGAACCCAAUCUUGAUGCAGAUGGGGCUGGUGCGGCUGCAGCUGCAGCAGACGGUAGAGUAAUUGCUGCUGCUGACACACCUUGUGAUGACGCCUCUGGGGCCAACUCCAUUACAGCGGCGGCAGCAGCUGUCAGUGCAGUUACACAGGAAGCAGAGCGCGAAUACCACGUAACAGCAGCAAAAGCAGUGCAGGCGAAAGAGGCAGAAGGAACGGCUUGGGCGGACUCACCAGCAGCAGCACUAACGGCAGCUCACGCAUUAGCAGCAAAUCCUGACACAGAGUUGGUAGCAAGUGCUGCGACAGAAGCAGGAAAGGCAACAGAAGCAGAAGAAUCGGCUGGAACAGCAGCAGCAGAAGCAGCUGCCAGUGCAGCUGCAGAGCAGCUGGAAUCGACGACAGCGGAAGCAGAAGGGGCAGAAACAGUAACAGAGCCAACAAGUGCAGACGCUGGUGCAGCAGCAGAAGCAGUAAGGCAAGUAAAGAAAACAGCAGAAGCAGCAAUAGACCGAACAGGAUUAACAGCGGUUAUUAUGGAGACUGUCGAGGUUUCAGCGGCACCUGAAGCAUCAGCUGCAACAGCAACAGCAGAAACGGCACUAGAUGGCCUGGAGGAGCGUUGCACUGCUUCUGGGGAGUCGUCGCCCGACGGAGCAUCCGGAAAAGCACACAAGAUGACAGGAAAAAUAACGGAAGCAGCGGCAUCAGAAGCAGCAGCAUCGGAAGCAGCAGCAUGGGAAGCAGAAGAAUCCGAAGCAGCAACAUCAGAAGCAGCAGCAGCAUCAGCAAUAGCGAGACCAGAAACAGCAUCAGGCGGGGUAACGCCAGAGCUUUUACAGACUGCCAUUGACGAUGAGGAGAUGCCAGCAGCAUUGAGGGCCCCGUUCACCGAGCUUCGUGAUCGAGGUUCUGCUUCAGGAGUAGCAUCUGCAGUAUUAGAAGAAGCAACAGAUGCAGGAGAAGCAGCGGCAGCAGCAUCUGCAUGCAUCCCUACAGAUGAAGACCAGUCCAGCAGCCGGUUGACGACGAGCUCGCAGCAGCUUACAAGUCGAGGCGGCGAAGAGGAUGCAGAGACUCUGGAGGCGCGCCAGCUGCGGCUAGGCCUCUCCGAUUUUCCAGAGUGGCUCAUGCAGGUGGACGCCGAUGCGGACGAGCAGAAGCCAAACCCCUACAAGGCCGUUCGCCUCAGAAAGACUGGCUUGCUGCCAGGGCGCGAAGACGGGAGGAACGACGAGGCAACGGCCCGGCGCAUCCGCGCUCGGCUCGACUGGAUGAAAGGCUGCGCUGCCAAGGGGAAGCAGCAGGGUCGAAACGCGAGUACUGCAUACAGAGGAGUAGAAGGAAGAGGAGCAGCAGCACCAGCAGACGCAGCAGUAGCAUCACCAGAUGCGAUCAGCCAAUCGAGCAGCCGCAGCACCUCCACAGCACCGGACGGCGCCUGGAAGAGACGAGAGGUGCAGCACCAGCAGCACGAAAGACGCACACCAGGCCUCAUUCGUAGAGAUCUCGGCAGCAGCACCCUUCAACACCCCGUGGAAGCCGACGACUUGGGCCCCGGGGCAUUGGCAUCAUCUGAGGCCAAGGGGCAUUCGGUGGCGGCGCUGCGGGCGCUGUUUGAGCGAAGCCGCGCCGCUUGGUUUGAAGGAGAGCUCCAGCGCUUCUCUCAGACCAGUGACUCUGGGGACCCCACAAAGGCCAGAAGGAGCCGGUAA